AUGCUAAAACAUUUCAAGUUCCUUGAUGGUGGUGACGGAAGUCCAGUUGAUCCCGAACCAAUUCAAGAAGAGACUAUACUCAGUGAAACCACGACCAUGGACACAACUACAGCAAAAGCUAAGGCCAUGGGUUCUGCGGUGACCGGCAAAUUUCGAUGGUCCAAAGUUUUAGAAGUUGCAACUGAUGUUGAUGUUGUUUUUUACCCUAGCUACAGACCAAACGGUGAGAUUUGGUUGAACUGGGACGACAAACAGAAGGCAUUUUAUUCCGAAGAUAAGUUCAUUCCUCAAGGAACAUACAGCGGUCAACUGGAUAUUGGUGAUAAAAGUUUCGUAGUGGAAAAUUUCGAAGUUAAAAACUACACGUUUGAAAUAGAUUUGUAUAUUAAAGAGGAUGAUAAAGCUGAUGAAGUAGACUCACAACAAACAUACACUGUAACUGAGACACACAUCACCAAUAACCAAUUAGAAAACCCUGAUCAACACCCUGACAGCAUGGAACAAGGUUAUACCUCAAAAUAUAGAGAUCCUCAACGCCAUCAGACUAUAGAAAGACAGACAUAUGUUAAUGAUAAUGGUAAAAUUCACUCUGAAUAUUCUAAAUCUUCUGGUAAUCAACUCCAUGAUGACAGAUUGUCAAGUUCCACCAGUUCCCAACCUCAAUCAGGCCAACAUGUUCCGAUUUUCAAGAAAAAUCUGUUUAAAAUGUUGUAUGGAUCACAAAGGACACCAUAUACUAAGUACAACUUGGAUGAGUGGGAAACUUCUAGAACUGGUUUAACAGACGUCACAGAUCAGUUUUACCUGGAAAAACAUCUUACAGACAAGGAGAAACCAGAGUAUGAUCCGUUUCCUGAACUACAGAAAGUUCAAGAACGUGAAGCAUCACCAAUUGAUCCAAGAAUGGUCAGCACGGUGGAGAACCAACCACAAACUAGAGAGCACAACAAAGGAUCCAUAGAGAGAAGAGACAGUCAAGAAGUCCAAAAUAGUUUGAUUCAAGAGACAAGUGAGAGGAUUUAUCAUGCUCCAUAUAAAGCUCGUCCAAUAUUAGUCAAUAGAGCAACUUCUCCUAUCCCUCAAGCUUAUAUUAGAACACCCACACCAGCUCCAGUUGAUAAUAGAUUAGCUGAGGCAGAGAGAAAAAGAUUAGAAGAUACUAUAGCUGGUUUAAGGAAACUUCUAGACACCAGGGACAAUGAUCUGCAAGAUCUACGUAGAGAAAUGUUAGAGCUACGAGAAAUUAACAGGUCAUUGAAAGAUGAAAUAGAAAGAUUAAAACUACAGGGAUCUACUGAUACUCACACAUCUGAGUAUGAAAGAAAAUUUGUACAACUGACCAAUGAAAAAGAUAUAAUGGCUACCAAAGUAAUCAGAUUAAAUGAUGAAAUACAGUUUUUAAAGAAUAAAUUAAGCAGAAACCAAAUGGAAAAUCCACCUGAUAUAAAUGCCUUAUUGAAAAAAAUUGCUGAAUUAGAGAGUGCCAAUAGAAAUUUAACAGAAAGCAAUGAGUUGAUGUCGUCUGAAUUGGGCAGAAGGGACAAGCAAAAUAACGAUACAGUUUACCAGAAUGAUAGACAUUUUAAUAAACAAGGCCAGCAUGAUGAUAGAUAUUGUCCCUAUAAAUAUAAGAUUCAUUCUACUCAUACUAACAGUGAAAUUAUCAGAACACCGGUGAAAGCAGAACAUUAUAGAUCACCAUUGCUUGGUGACCUUUACAGAUCACCAACAAGAAGUGAAAAUUACAAAUCACCGACCAGAGAUACAGGUCAUGUUACAUCAGUACAUCAGGAAAUAUAUCAUGUGCCACCUUAUGAGAAAAGUUAUGGAUCACAGGUAGAGAAAAGUUUCACAUCAGCAAUGCAGAAUGGUUACACAUCACCGAAUUAUGGUGAUCUCUAUAAAUCAAGGUACUCAGAAAAAAAUCUUUCUAAUGGUUACAAUAGAAAUGUAGAUGAAUCUAUGAGAACAGGAAGCAGGGAGUUCAUUGACGAUGGCACCAAUAGUUUACCAGGAAAUAUAGAUUUCAGUUACACCAGUCAGACACCAUAUAGAUAUAGAUCUAGAUCUGUACAGAAUUUAACAGAUUUAUCACAAACAGCAGAUACUAAUGGUUUACCAGAAUUAAAUAAAUAUUCAGCUUUUAAUGCUGGUGAUAUAGUGACAUCACAUUAUCAUAGCACUGGUGAUUAUACAGAUACACAAAGACGUCGUAUCUAUAGACCAGCAUCAGAACCUAAUUUUGAAUAUUCUAGAAUAUUUUCUAGAUAUAGAUCAACUUGUGGAGACAGAGAUAGUGGUAGGAAGUUAUUGGAUGGUAACAUCAGUGAUACACCAACUGAUACAUUAUUAACAGUUACAGAUCCUAUGGAUAGAUUAUCAUCACGAUCUAGGUCUCGAACAGAAUGGAAGCGCCGAGGUUCUGUCAGUUCUGAUGAUUCUUUAGAUGAUUUAGAUGAGGGAUAUAGCACUAUGUACAGGAAGAGGUCAAAAUCUGUGCUUGGCAGAGGUCGCUAUGAUGACGCAUUACAGACAUCACCAGUGGAAAAUGGACAUCACCAUAUAACUAUAGUGAGACCAACAGCUAGUAUGGAAGGUUUAGCACCUGUCAAUCAAAGACUAACGCCACACCCAACUAAUGCCGGUUAUAGAAGUGUAUUACCAAAACCCUUAAUAACCCAACAGAAUAAACAUUUAUAUACCUCUACCUCCAAUACUGGUACUGGUUACUUAACAAAUUCCAUCACACAGGGUAUGAGACCAUUCGCACCUAGCAGUCCAUCUGAAUUACAGACCAAUGAUAUUGUCAAGUUCUCUAGACAAGGAGGUAAAUUAAGUAUUGGUUCAGUCAGAUUUAUUGGUCAUUUGCCUGGUAGAAAUGGUGUUUAUUUAGGCGUAGAAUUAAAUAAAGAAGAAGGAAAACAUAGUGGUACAUAUAAUGAUGUAAGAUAUUUUAAAUGCAAACCUAACAAAGGAGUUUUUGUAGCCUUCAAUAAAGUUGUUAUGGCUUGGACUUCUUGAACCUGAACGAAGUAAUCUUCCAAACAUCAAACAUUUACUUGUUUUAAAACACUUCUUUUGUCAAAUGAUUUCAGAUGUAAUGAUUAGUCUACUUGUAUUAUUUAGUAGCUGUGAUAUAUAUCGGAUACUUUGUAUAUUCUCUGAACCGAUCAUUUUCAUGCGUUUGCAAUGUCUUGGAGUUAACUUUCCCUAAUUAUUUUAAGUUUUGUAUUUUUAAAGUCUUACAUUUAGUACCCCAAUUUUUUUUUUUUAAAUGGAAGAGCCAUGAGGAGACUGAUAAUUUUAGUAUUGAUUUACAAGAGGAUUUGCAUCUCAAGUGAAAAAUUUCUAGCAUUUUCUUAUCUCUCCCUUCUGGACUAGUUAGUGUUUUUUCUCAGUUAUUAAAUGUAGACUUAGGGUGUAUACGAACAAUAAGCAAUUACUGUGAUAUAUUUGUAUUAGAAUUUCCGUCCUACAUUCAUUUUAUCAAAUGGUAUUUAGUUUCCUUCCACUCCAUUUUAUUUUAGAUGAUAUUAAUGUAUUUAUUACAUCAUUUACUGUCUAAUGGUACUUUAAUAAGAUGUAUUUUUAACAUGUAUGGUUGGAAAUGUUUAGUUUUGAUAUUAUUUAUAAAGUGUUUAUAUAUC